GCGGCGGCGCGCGAGGCGGAGCGGGCGCCCGCCUGCGCUCGCCAUCUCUCGGGUUGCUUGGCGGACCUCGCCCGGCUCUACGGGGAGGUGGGGACGCCCGCGGGGCGCGUGCAGCAGCUGCCGGAGGAGCAAAUCCGUCUCAGCGCGGACGCGGGCUCGUUCAACGUGCACACCUACGGUUUACCGCUCACGGGCGCGUUGAUGCCAGACGGUGACGUCUACGAGGAGGAGCUCGCCAGCGAAGCCGGCGACGAUGGACCUGACAUGGCGUGGCUGACGUUCAACGACACACCAGCUCGCCAGCGGCCCGCGGGACGGGUGUACCGCUUCCGUGCCCUCCCAGCGGAGGCGGAGCUGCUGCGGCUGGAGCGCACUGCCAAGCGCGCCGCCAGGGAUGCAGAUCCUGCCGUCUCGGAGCCACUGUACUACAUACAGGACGCCGAAAUAUUGGGCUGCAGAACGACGGCCAGCUUUGGGGACGUUCCUGGCUCCUAUCACCGCGUGGCACCGCCGGCGGGCAUGAAAUGGGUUUUGGCGCAGUCAGCGACGGGCGAGACCCAGAAGGAUGACGAGAUCACACCUUGUGUCGGAGAUGCGCUGUGGAGCGAGAGUGCCCUUCAUGGCCUUUCGGCAGGCGUCAUUGUGCCCAUGGAGUUGGUGCCGACCUCCUCUAUCGCGCGCGCCACUGGCGGAGAAGAUGACGACGCCCGCCUGCUGUGUGCUUUGACGCACACGCGGGGCGGUCGGCGGCACCGAGAGCUCCGCGAGCCGGUGAGCCAGACGCAUCAGGAGACCUUAGACGACUUCCCGCUGUCGGGCGAGCGCAGUUACCAGCGGCUGUGCGAGUACAUCAUCGAGCUUGGCGGCAGUCCCGACGGCCGCCAGACCAAGUGGAUGAGCGAGAGCAGCUGCACGACAGACUCGGCGGCCGCCCGUCUCCACGACCUCCCGGGGCUCUCCAUUGAGCUCGCGCAGACGUAUGACCGGGCCGACGGCUCGAAUCUGGCCUGCAUGAAGUUGGCGGGGCGCACCUACCAGCUGGCGGGGGAGACGAGGGGCCUCGCCAAGUACACGACCGAGCAGCCCAAGAAAGAGACCGAUAUCCAGAAGCAGCGGAGGAAGUGCCUCAACCUGCUUGGGGGCUACACCACACCGCAGUGCACGCCAGAGCGCCUCUCGGACGACGUUCACGGCCUCUACCGCCCGUCAGAUGGAGGCGCCCGCUGGUCAUAUGAGCCACACCUCGUGAGCUGGCCCAACCUGGGGAACGAGCCUGGCUGGCUCGCUGACCGCUUCGGGCCUCGCGAUCGAUGCUCACUCCUUGACCUCGACCACGCCUUGGUGCUGCCGCCCCAGAGCUUUGACGCAGUCGUGGAGGAGGACGGGGGGCCUACGUUAUACAUGGGCCCUUUGCUUGAGAGGGGCCGCACGCUGUACGUAGAGUUUGCGAAGUCGGGGAUCUCCAGAGGCGUCUUCGUGCCUGGUAAAACUCGGGUCGAGGACGUGGGGGUGUUCUUCGUCGCCAAGAAGGACUCCCGUAUCAUAAUGUUUUUGGAUUGCAGGAGGAGCAACCAACGGUUUCAGCCUUCUCCGCCCGUAAGUCUCUUCUCGGCCGCGGGCUUCACGGAUCUUGAGGCGCCGCCUGGGACCUCGCUCUACUUCGCGGGGGUCGACGUGCAAAACGCCUUCUACCAGCACAAGCUGCCAGCCUACCUGCGCCCGCCCUUCUGCCUGCCCGCGGUGACCGCUGGCGAGCUGGGGAUCAGCAAGCUUGACGGCCGCCGCGCGGCGCCGUGGACACGGCUGUAUCCUCAGUUGGCCGUGGCGCCCAUGGGUUGGAACUGGGCACUCUACUUUGUGCAGCGGGCCCACGACCGCCAACAAGCAUGUGCGUACCGGCGAGGCGAG